AUGUCUCAUGCACAAGUUGAAAUACCCGGACGCGGUUUCCCAGGCCUCUCCAUGGAUAUGACCGACGACUGCUUGUCCAGGGUCCCAUCCGUGCUCAGGACGCACGGCUUGGGCGCACGGAGGAACUCUUACGGGCUCCAGAAAAUUAGUAUGGACAUCGAUUCGCCUCUAUACAGUGGCACCCUCUCCAAAGCCUUGUCCUGGUCCGCUGAGAAUAUUCUAACACUGGCCGAGUCCAGAGCAGAGGACGAGAAGACGGACGACACCUCGCCGUCGCCCGUUUCCAGCCCGGGGACCAGCUCCAACACGCCCCCGCGCAGCCAGGAACCCGACGCCGUGUCCCUCGGCGGGAAGUGGGAGCCCAGACCCGCCGCUCAAGACGCCAGCUCGGACUCUGAAAAUGAGAUUCACAGCAAACAGCACAAGAUCUUGUCCCGCAUCACGUUUGAUACCCAGUGGGAGCAGGAGGAGAAGGAGGACGUGGAGACCAAAGCGGUGGCGACGUCUCCCGAUGGAAGAUACCUCAAGUUCAACAUUGAGAUUGGAAGGGGGUCUUUCAAGACCGUCUAUAAAGGACUGGACACGGAGACCACAGUGGAGGUGGCUUGGUGUGAGCUACAGACCCGUAAGCUGACCAAAGCAGAGAGGCAGCGUUUCAGCGAGGAGGUAGAGAUGCUGAAAGGACUGCAGCAUCCGAACAUCGUACGGUUCCACGACUCGUGGAAGUCGACGGUGAAAGGCCACAAAUGCAUCAUCCUGGUGACCGAACUCAUGACGUCAGGCACGCUCAAGACGUACCUGAAGAGGUUCAAGGAGAUGAAGCUGAAGCUGCUGCAGCGCUGGAGUCGUCAGAUUCUCAAAGGGCUUCACUUUCUGCACACUCGCACUCCUCCCAUCAUCCACCGGGACCUCAAGUGUGACAACAUCUUCAUCACCGGUCCGACUGGCUCCGUCAAGAUUGGAGAUCUGGGCCUGGCCACUCUCAAAAGUGCCUCUUUUGCUAAAAGUGUAAUUGGAACACCAGAGUUCAUGGCCCCGGAGAUGUACGAGGAGAAGUACGACGAAGCCGUGGACGUCUACGCCUUCGGAAUGUGCAUCCUGGAGAUGGCCACCUCUGAGUACCCGUACUCCGAGUGCCAAAACGCCGCCCAGAUCUACCGCAAAGUCACCAGUGGCAUUAAACCCGACAGUUUCUACAAAGUCAAAGUCCCAGAACUCAAGGAGAUCAUUGAGGGCUGCAUUCGCAUGAACAAGGAUGAAAGGUACACCAUCCAGGACCUCCUGGAUCACCCCUUCUUCCAGGAGAACAACGGCGUGCACGUGGAGCUGGCGGAGGAGGACGACAUGGUGAAGUCGGGCCUGAAGCUGUGGCUGCGCAUGGACGACACCAAGAAGCUGCACGGGAAGUACAAGGACAACAACGCCAUCGAGUUCCUCUUUGAACUCUACAAAGACGUGCCUGAGGAGGUGGCUCAGGAGAUGGUCGUGCUCGGCUUCGUGUGCGAGGCCGACUUCAAGCUGGUCGCCAAGGCCAUACGGGACAGAGUGACGGCCAUCAAGCGGCAGAGGGACAAGCUGAGGCGGCAGGCGGAGGAGAGGAAGAAGAAGCAGGCGCAGGAGGCCAUAGAAGAAGAACUGGAGACCAAAACCGGCGAUGUCGUGGCAGCAGAUUCCCCGACCCCGGCCCUGACGCCUCCGGCCCCCAUACUGUCCCCAGUGACCAGCUCUGUGGACUCCGGCGUCAGCUCCAGCUACCCCGCAGAGCCGGAGGAGCCCGAGGCCGACCAGCACUUCCACGUCCGCCACAACAGCCUGUCUUCUGCAAACUCUGACUGCGAGACGGACGGCUAUCUGAGCUCCUCCGGGCUGCAGGAUCCGCUGGAGGCCGGCGGCUUCAACGCGCCCGCCACCCCUCCCACCACGCACAGCAACCCCCCGGCUGUAAACGGCCUCCCCAUCCCGGCCCUCCGCUUCCCCUCGAGUAUCGCCGUAUCCAGCAACAUAGAACAUAGAAACUCUGGACCCCCGAGUGGCUUCAACUCCCCUGUGGACAGCUACGCCUCCGAUGUGACUUCUGGUCUGAGCGACGGCUACGAGGGCCUAUCAGAGAAGAGCGAGAAGACGGCGGCGAGACGAACCGCUGGGAAGCUGUUCAGGAGGAGAGCACGCUCACGGCUGCGCAUCACUGGGCUCUCUGAUAAAGUGGACCGAGUGGUGGAGUGCCAGCUGCAGACGCACAAUGACAAAAUGGUGACUUUUAAGUUCGACCUGGACGGAGACAAUCCAGAAGACAUCGCCGCUGUCAUGGUGCACAAUGAGUUCAUCCUGCCCUCAGAGAAGGAGGGUUUCAUCCACCGUAUGGGUGAUAUAAUCAAACGGGCCGAGGCUCUGAUGACCAAAGACCAGCCGGUCCACUCCGGCGGACACCGAUUGGCCCAGCCGGUGUUCCACGGCGGCGUUAACUCCUUGUCUUCCUCUCAGCCUAAUCUGCACAGUCACACCCUGCCUCGGACUCAUUCGUCCUCCUCUCUGCCUGACUACAGUGGGGCUAACCCAAGCGUAGGGGUACGUGGUUCUCCCCCAUGCCCCAAUGGAGAGGUCUUCAAUGCAGACAUUACUUCACCUGGGCGACCUCUAAUACGCUCACAGUCUUUCCACAACGCCCCAGGUUCUCCCCUCCAUUACCAGCAGCACCACCACCCUGCAUCCCUCCUGCCCCACCACCAGCACUACCACUUGCCCUUUAUGGGCCACACUCACUUCCCGUUCCCAUAUCCGGGCUCUCCGGGUUCAUCGAAGCCAGCAGGGAUCCAUCCUCCCCUCACACGUGUAGCCAGUAACCCCACCUUCCCUUCUGUUCCCUCCCCGGCCCCCGGCUCCCCCAGUCCUAAGAAUGAAACUCCCAGCCCCGUUAGCAGUGAGAGUGUUACCAUGUCCCCACCUGCCCCUCAGCAUCCCAACAUGUGGCCCCCCCACACACAGCCCCUGUUUUCCUUGGCUAAUGUGAUCUCCAUGGCUAUGAGCAUGGCCCAGUCUUUCAUCCCUCCCACCAGCCUGUCCACACAGGUGAUGCCCUCAUUUCCAGGUUUUCACCCCCAGCUGCCCAGCCCCAUGAACCCUCAGUCAGGCUACCCGUCCGUCUACCCCCAGCACUACCAGACUCCUCCAGUAGAGGUCUCUUACCCGGCGGCAGGCGGCGUCUACCACGGCCCCGAACAUCAGAUGGACGCUUUCCACCAGAGCGCUCAUCCACAGUGGCCGCCUCACGUCUCUCCACCCUCCAUGCCCUCCACUCCUCCGCUGGCUCCUCCAGAACCUUCGGAGCCGGCUGGACUCCCCGGUUCCCCCAGGAGGACCAACCAGGACCACAGUUACUCAGCUCCAUACCCGGCACAGGCUCCAGCUCAGGCUGCUCCCAGAUCAGACGUCUCCAUUUCAAGCUCCUCGUCAGAUCUUUCCCCGUCACCUUCAGAGAGCCCAGAAAACACUUUAUCAUCCCUCUGCAGUCCGUUGCACCCCCCUGUACCCGAGAUGAAUGCAAGCAGCACAAACCUGAAGGCCUCUUCCACUGAAUCUGAAGUUCAGUCGGUUCCGGUGACCGUUGGGAGAUUCCAGGUGACGCCCAGCAUGGACAUCCCUCCUCCUGCUGCACCACAGCCGGCCGACGGAGGCAGCACCCAGUCAGAGAGCAGCACCGAGGAGCAGGGGGAGUCCGAGACCAGCUUGGGCACCUCCCUCACCAUGUCCCCUCCUCACCCACAGUUCCACAGAGGGUCCACGGGGGUCCUGCAGGAGGUGGACGGGCAGCCGGGGUGGGCGGCAAACCAGCAGGAGCAGCAGCAGGUCAGAGAUGAGGCAGAGGAGGACGAAGAGGAGGACGAGGAGGACGAGGAGGAGGAGGGCGAGGAGGAGGUGGUCGGGGAAAGGCCGAGGGUGAGGAAGAGGAGUCGGAGGAGAGCGUACAGCCUCAGCCUGCUGGGAACGUCGGCGGACAGCGGGCUCUCGGUGACGGCGGCCGAGGCGGAGGGGAGGCUGUGGGACGGAGCGGCGGGAAGCCCUCAGUACAGCAACGCCCUGCACCACCUGUGGAUGAUGACCUACAACCGCAGCGCCCCCUACCUGAGCAGCGACGACUCCGACAGCGACGACGAGGACAUGCUGGACGAGCUUCAGGAGCUCAGAGAGAAACAUCUGACCGAGGUCCAGGCCCUGCAGGCCGCCCAGAAGAGGGAGAUUGAGGAGCUGUAUGAGCGGAUGGGGAAGGUUCCUCCUCCGGGGAUCGUCUCUCCUGCUGCUAUGCUGUCCAGUCGACAGCGCCGGCUCUCCAAAGGAAGCGGCUUCCCUUCAUCUCGCAGGAACAGCCUCCAGCGUCUGGACAUCCUGCCGCUCCAAGGAAUCAUCAGGAGGAACUCUCUGGGAGGCAGCAGCAGCGGCUCGCAGGAUAAACCCAGCAAAGGCGUCACCUUCGCCACUGACAUAAGUAGAAUGUAAGAAACUCUCAGCCAAGCUCGCUGUGUAUCUGGACUACCUCAUCUGCAGUGUGACUGCAGUGGUCAAAGACGGCUUUAACCCUUUCUUCACUGGCACACCGAUCUGCUUUCCCCCCGCCAGCGGUCACAAGGUUCUCCCGGUCGUCGCUUACCUCACAUGUACAGAAACUGCCACCAGUACGGCUGGAUGCACACAGGAACUGCAGCAUCUGGCGUUCAGCCCUUCGUCAGAUCUGGUGAAUUUGUUGCAGCUGAAGCACAGAACACCAACCAGUCUGCUUCAACUUAGAAGAUCUUGGUGUUUUGUUUUUUUUUUUGCUUUCUUGUAAAUAAACGGUUCAGUCGUAAGUACUCUGCAAAACGUCCCAUCAGAGGCUCUUUAACCCUCCUGUUGUCUUCAUUUACAGGCACCAACAAAUAUUGUUUCCUUGUCUGAAAGAAAUUCAACAAAGAAAUUCCCCAAAUUUCUGAAAAAUUGCAAAACCUUCAGGAAGAAAAUUCCAAUAAUUCCUUAAAAGUUUCCCUCAAAAGUUUUAUUUUUAAAAAAUUCCCCAAAUUUGGCAAGAAAUACAAAUUUUAUAAAUAAAUAAAAAUUGCAAAUAUUUUCAAAAAAUGAGUAAAAAUCUUCCAAAAAAAUCCUAAAAAUAUCUAAAGUGAUUCCAUAUAUAUCAGUAAAACUUCUAAUAUUUUCUUUAAGAACAUUCACAAAAAAAUCAACCAAAAUCCAGCAAAUUUCACUGGAUUUUGGUUGAUUUUUUUGUGAAUGUUCUUAAGAAACAUUUUUAACAUUUCUUUUUUCCACCAAAAAAAUGUUCAAAGAUUUCCCAAAAAUGUUGAAAAUGUGGACAUCAGAAGUUUCACUGUGAAAAUAUGUAUUUUUUCCACAUUUUCAAACUUUAAAACGGGUCAGUUUGACCCGCAGGACGACAUGAGGGUUAAAUAUUUUCUCUGAGCAAACUUUUUGCUUUAACGCAGUCAGGCGAUGGUCUGAAGUGCUGCAGGCUUUGCGGCACUCGCAUCGGUUUUUGACCCAGAACGACGAUGUUUUCCUGCUUGUCUGACUCUCUGCUGUUUAUCCGUCUGAGCUCAGUAACGUGAACCACAGUGAGGCUCCGACACCUUCGCUGAUGGUUGUUCCACACCUUAUUUGCUGCAGUUUGUUGAUGACGUCUCAGCAGCUCCUGACUGCACGGUGAAUACGUCAUGUACUCUCAUUCAGUAGAGCUGUGAUUUUUGCCUUUCCAGAGGCUGGUGAGGACAGUCUAGAUGCAUUGUACAGUUUGAUUCAGUCACGUAUGUGUUGUUUUGUUGUAAUUCUAUCUUUGGUUUCUUCAGUGAUUUGGACAUCUGACAGGAUGACCGACAUUCUCUAGACUCACGACAUUUUCUGGUGUAGUAAAACGACUUUUCUCUGUUGUGUAGUAUUAUUGUAUAUCAUUUCUAUCACCUCAGACAGCCACAACAUUAAAACCAGCUGCCAGAUAUUGUGUAGGGCAUCAACAUGGGCAGGUGUUUGGAACCCGGAUGUUGGCAGUGGAUCCUUUGGGUCCUGUAAGUUGUAAUGUGGGGCUUUCACAGAUCAGGUUUGUUCUGUUCUGUCACAUGGAUGCUCCAUCAGAUUAGUGAGAAGUCUGGAGGCCGAAUUAACAAUUUCGGCUUUUUGUUUUGGUCUUUUUAGAAUAUCUGUGUGGAUUUUCAGUCAUCCAGGUCCUGUUAGUCCUAAGAGCUUGUGCAGAAGGCGACUGGACCUCUCAUCAAGAGGUUUCCACAGCUCUAACUGGAUCGUGUGUAGUCCUAGAUAUAUGUACAGGGUGUCCAUAAAGUCUCUUUACAAUCUUCAGAAUUUCUUACAAAGGCAGCUGAUAAGAUAUCUUAGCCAGAUUUGUUUUAUUGUAAUCAGUGUUUAUUAAAGUUUGUAGUCACAUUGAAAUUGUGUGUUUCAGGUAUCCUGUUGAUGAAAGAGGUACUGUUAAAUGAAACCCUAAAAAAUGGCUACUCCUCAAGAGAAGGCACACAAUGUGUAUCAUGGUUUAUUGAGACAAAAUCGGAUGUGGAGACUCAGCAAAACUACAGAACUAAGUAUGGAAGAGAUUCACCAUCAUGUCCUUCAAUUCAUGCAUGACACAAGAAAUUUAUGGAGACAGGGACAGUGUUGGAUAAAGGGAGGAGUGGGCGACCAAGAACAUCUGAGGAAAACAUCGAGUUUUAUUUAACAGGACCUCUUUCAUCAACAGGAUACCUGAAACACACAAUUUCAAUGUGAUUACAAACUAUAAUAAACACUGAUUACAAUAAAACAAAUCUGGCCAAGAUAUCUUAUCAGCUGCCUUUGUAAGAAAUUCUUAAAACUGUAAAGAGACUUUAUGGACACCCUGAAUAUUCACCACAAAAUCCAAUAGUUAAAUGUUCAAUUAAAAACCCAAGACUGACAUGGUUUGACAUGGAAAUGGUUGUGAAUCUGCCAGGUGGAGGAUGAAGAGAACUCAAGCCUGCAUUAUAAGCAGCUGAUAAGUGGUGUCCUAGAGCAUUUAGAGAUGGAUGUUCAAGCCCCACAGAGUUCCAUAAAGUCAUCCAGUGGCCUUCAGCAGAAGCUCCUAGAUGUUUUGUGGUUUUGUUGGGUGCAUUGUUCGGCUAGGACCCACGGUUUCCCAGCUGAUCAUUGCUUUGUAAUGAAAUAAUCAAUGUUAUUUAAAGUUGUGGCUGAGUGAUGUGAGACCAGUUAGAAAUGUUGGAGAAGAAGAAUUAAAUGGGGAAAAGUUGGGUUAAGUUGUCCAGAAGCAUAGAAAACAUUACAUGUUGUUUUUCAAAUCCUAUAGCUGGUUAAAAAUGGGGAGAAAAAAUGCAAAAAUAGGAUUUCUUCAUUUUGAUUAGUUGUGAAAAAUCCACCUAGACUACUGGCGUUCCUGUCGACUGUAUAUGUGUAUAUAGUAGAACGCAUUUAUAGAUCAUGUUUACAAGUUAUGAGUAAACUGAGUAUUUCUGCUACCUUAAUUUGUUCUCAAGCAAAAAUCAUGUUUGUCGCUUGUUCCAUAGAUCAAGCACCUUGUGCACUUUAGCAAAUUCAGUUCUAGCUCUAAAUCUUUUAACACGUUUGUGUUUAAAACUGUUCGCUGGAGGAAGAGCUCACAGGUUUCCAGUUAUUUUUCCAUGUGAGAUGUAGAGAAUAUUCUCCAUUUUCUGAUCGCAGUAUUUCAUAUUGGAUCACAGUAACGAUGAUCUUUUCUCCCACAGUUUGAAAUAUUGACUUUAUUGUGGGGUGUAGAGAAAUCAGCCCAAAGCUGUGAAUCUGUAGCUGUUGCCUUAUAAAAUAUUCACAACACACUGAAUUUCCUGGCAGUCAAACUUCUGUAAUAUUCAUAAUAUAUUCAAAGAAACGUUUCAUUUCAAAAAUUUGAAUGUAAAUAUAUAUAAUUGUAUUGCUUUCUGAAGCUGCUGUCCUGCCAUGCUGAAUCUGUGCCUUUCCCUUACAAUGUCUUAUUUUAUAUUUUUACUCUUAAGAUUUGGUGGCUAGAUCAGACUCUAUAUAUUAAAUUUUGACUAAAAGAAAUGCAACUGUAAAUACCAUGGCUCUUUUGUCACA